GCUCUUCGACGAAUACGUCAGCCACUUCCGACGCCACUCCCGGAAGCGCGCUGCAGCCCUCAAGUGAUGACGUCAACGGCGCCUUCCCUCACACCACCCGCCGCAGACUUCACGAAGCGCAUCCUCGUGACCGGCGGCGCAGGAUUCAUCGGCUCGCACGUAGUCAUCCACCUGGUCAAGUGCUACCCGCAGUACUACAUUGUGAACCUGGACUCGCUCGACUAUUGUUCAUGUGUGCGCAACGUGCACUCGGCCAUCUCAUCGUGCGGCAGCGAGCACGAGCUACAGACUCGUGGCGAUAACACCGAAGAGGACGACGUGGAGCGGGAGAAGGCGACAGAGAGCGAAGAGGACGAGGACGACGUCGGCCAGCGUCUCCGCGGGAGCUUCUGCGAGCCUGGAGACGAAUAUAUCAGCGACGAGGUCUUGGCUACAUUGCCCAAUAACUACAAAUUUAUCCAUGGCAACAUCACCGGGGCAGACCUGGUGGGGUACAUCCUCAAGACUGAGCGCAUUGACACCAUCAUGCACUUUGCAGCUCAGUCUCAUGUGGAUAAUUCCUUUGGCAACUCGAUCGAUUUCAGCAAAACGAAUAUUCUAGGCACGCAUGUGUUAUUGGAGGCAGCCAGACUGUACGGUAUCAAGCGGUUUAUCCAUGUGAGCACGGACGAGGUGUACGGAGAGGGGAGACCCGACUCCGCCCGCAUGACUGAGGACCAUGUGCUGGAGCCUACCAAUCCGUACGCGGCCACCAAAGCUGGUGCUGAAUUCCUCGUCAAGAGUUUCCACCGUUCGUUCGGCCUCCCCACCAUCAUCACGAGGAGCAACAACGUGUACGGACCGCAUCAGUAUCCGGAGAAACUCGUGCCGAAAAUUAUCAACCAGAUCUUACGUGACCGACCCGUGACGAUCCACGGCGACGGCAUGCACACACGCAAUUACCUCUACAUCUCCGACGUCGUGGCAGCCUUUGAUCUCAUCUUGCACGAAGGCAAAGUAGGCGAAGUCUACAAUAUCGGAGGUGAGAACGAGCUGUCCAAUCGACUCGUGGCCAUGGAUCUGCUGGCAAUGAUGAAGCCACAACUUGUUGGUGCCGAUAAGGCAAUACUCAUCACACACGUCCAGGACCGACCUUUUAACGACCACCGAUACGUCAUCGACUCUGCCAAGAUCCGUCGUCUCGGCUGGAACGAGAAAGUGACGUGGCGCGAGGGUCUACGCAAGACCGUCAAGUGGUUCUGUCGCUACGGACACCGCUUCGAUAACAUCGACCACGCUCUUGAGGCUCACCCGAUCAACUUCAAAAAAACAUACAAGGUCAAUUUACCGUAA